AUGCUUGUGGGCGUGGCAUCGGGCUACUUCCUCUUCAAGCAGCCGCUAGACGAGUACUGGCGACCUCAAGAAAAGCGAGGAGAGGAGGGUUCAUCUGGCGCAGGGGAGAAGAAGCGACUAGAUGCUGACCCAAACGACUCGCCGCUCUCUUCUAAACCAAGUUUCAUAAAUCCGCCAACCAUGGCCUUCACGGUUCGCCACGUCUUACUCAUAGCGAUCCUCGCGACGCUGGUGGCGGUGGCCGUCUCCUACCGAAAUAGUAACUCUGAUACGCCAAGCGACAUCGAGGCUACGGUUGACUACCUCGUCAAAGUUGUUCGCACGGGCGGAAAAGGCACUAUCAUUCGCCGUCGCAGCCCCCCAAAAGAUUCCGCUCGCUCCUCAAGAAGACCCGUUCCCCGCGGGCCCCCAAGAAACGAUUUCGUUCCUGAGGAGUGUGGGCGCGGCAUCAGUACUACCUUCUACACCUUUGCCUUCCACUCUAAGCUUGCACCAGCUUCCACUCGCUUUCGAAUCAUGGCUUUCACUCAGGCUCGCCGCGCCCUUAUAUUAGCUUUUUUCGCGGCAAUGGUGGCGGUGGCUUUUGCAGACUACGACGAUAACAGAGGCAACAGUUUCAAACCUGAACGCUUCAACUCCAAGCUAGUUGGGGCCAACGAGAUUCCCAAGAAUGACUCUGAAGCUGCCAGGAAUGCUGUCGGCGACAAAACCGGCGUGGUGAAAAUGAAUCUCGGCAUCCAUAAGAGGGACGGGAAGCCCAUUUGGAUGGCGUACUCAGUGAAAGCUUGGAACUUGGAAGGCGAGAUGCCGCCAACCAAGACGCACAUACACCCAGGGAGCAAGGGAGAGGUCAACCCUGUGCUGCUGGACCUGCCAUGCACGUACCAGCAGAAGAGCCGCAAGAUGUGGCUCUGCGAGGGAUCUGUGGGGGAGCCCGAGAACGAGCGCACGCGUGAUCUGCUGUCGGCGCUUGAGAAGAUCACGAAGCAUCCGCAUAAGUUCUAUGGGAAUAUUCACACGAAGAAGUAUCCUGAUGGUGCUGUGCGCGGUCAGUUCUCGAGGGGCUAG